AUGGAGGAGCUGCUGGAUGAGUUACUGGUUGGAGAGCUGGACGGAUGGAGGAGUAAGAGAGACACAGAGGAAGAAUCUACAGAGGAAGUAUUUACCAGGAAGGAUGAACCGGUGACAUUAAUGCAUGACGACAGUGAAGGUAAUGAUUCUUGGCUUGAUGCUUGUUUAAGUGAGGAAAUAGUCCUGGAGAGACUAGGUAACGUGAAGAUUAAUAAAUCACCAGGCCCAGACGGACAAAUAAGUAAGAGGAUUUUCACUAACAAGACCGUGUGGAAAGGGACAUUGUUCUCUGAUCAAGCCAACUACAGACGAGAAAAACCACAUCUGUGCUCUGAGUGUGACAAACACUUUACAUGUAAAUCAGCACUUCUUACACAUCAGAGGAGUCACACAGGAGAGAAACCAUUUACAUGUUCUGAAUGCAGCAAGUGUUUUUCCCAAAAUUCAUCUCUUGUUUUACAUCAGAGGAUUCACACAGGAGAGAAACCGUUUGAAUGCUCUGAAUGCAACAAGUGUUUUUCCCAGAAGUUACAUCUUGUGCGUCAUCAGAGGAUUCACACUGGAGAGAAACCAUUUGAAUGCUCUGAAUGUAACAAUUGUUUCAAAACAAAGCAAAAUCUUUUUAUACAUCAGAGGAUUCACACAGGAGAGAAACCGUUUGAAUGCUCUGAAUGCAACAAGUGUUUUUCCCAGAAGUUACAUCUUGUGCGUCAUCAGAGGAUUCACACUGGAGAGAAACCAUUUGAAUGCUCUGAAUGUAACAAUUGUUUCAAAACAAAGCAAAAUCUUUUUAUACAUCAGAGGAUUCACACAGGAGAGAAACCAUUUGAAUGCUCUGAAUGUAACAAGUGUUUCAAAGAGAAGCGAAAUCUUGUUAUACAUCAGAGGAUUCACACAGGAGAGAAACCAUUUACAUGUUCUGAAUGCAGCAAGUGUUUUUCCCGAAAGUCAUCUCUUGUUUUACAUCAGAGGAUUCACACAGGAGAGAAACCGUUUGAAUGCUCUGAAUCCAACAAGUGUUUUUCGCACAAGUUACAUCUUGUGCGUCAUCAGAGGAUUCACACUGGAGAGAAACCAUUUGAAUGCUCUGAAUGUAACAAUUGUUUCAAAACAAAGCAAAAUCUUUUUAUACAUCAGAGGAUUCACACAGGAGAGAAACCGUUUGAAUGCUCUGAAUGCAACAAGUGUUUUUCCCAGAAGUUACAUCUUGUGCGUCAUCAGCGGAGUCACACAGGAGAGAAAUCAUUUGAAUGCUCUGAAUGUAACAAGUGUUUCAAAGAGAAGCAAAAUCUUGUUAUACAUCAGAGGAUUCACACAGGAGAGAAACCAUUUACAUGUUCUGAAUGCAGCAAAUGUUUUGCCCAAAACUCACAUCUUGUUAGCCAUCAGAGGAGUCACACAGGAGAGAAACCGUUUAAAUGUUCUGAAUUAAUAGAGGAGGUGGGCAUUGAACUUAAGAAACUUAGAAGUGAACUUUCCACUGCUCGUGAGGGUCUAGAGUCUAUUUUGCAGACGGAUAAAACUGAGGAUUGGCUAGUUAAACUGAAUGCGCAAAUUGAUAAAUAUAAAAAUGAUCUUGUCAAUUUUAAGAGAAAUAAAUUGGAGAAGGUUGAGAGGGAUUAUCGAGAUCAUAGUGGUUUCAGAAAAUCUUUCUGGCCUUUCAUUCACUACCAACACAUGAGCAGCACCACACUCAUCCUCUUAUUCACUACCAUCAGCCCAGAAGUGCACACCUUCUUCAUUCACUAUCAUUGCCCCAGAAAUACACAGACAACCCCCUCAUACACUACAACACCUACAGACAUCCUACACCUUCUGCCCUAUGCACCACCUGUUGCUGAGCAGGGAUCCGGCCUUCUAGCUGCAGUGUGCUGCCCCAUGCUCACUGUUCUCACCUGCAGAUCAGAGGAAGCAAGACCCACCUUAGAGAGACUACAUCUGUGCUCUGAGUGUGACAAAAGCUUUACAUAUAAAUCACAUCUUCUCACACAUCAGAGGCGUCACACAGGAGAGAGACCAUAUCAAUGCUCUGAAUGCAGCAAGUGUUAUACCCAAAGGUCACAUCUUGUUAUACAUCAGAGGAGUCACACAGGAGAGAAACCAUAUAAAUGCUCUGAAUGCAGCAAGUGUUUUUCCCUGCAGUUAAAUCUUGAUACCCAUCAGAGGUGUCACACAGGAGAGAAUCCAUUUAAAUGCUCUGAAUGCAGCAAAGGUUUUUCUGUGAAGUAUAAUCUUGUUAUACAUCAGAGGAGUCACACAGGAGAGAAACCAUACAUAUGCUCUGAAUGCAGGAAGUGUUUUUACCGAAAGUCACAUCUCGUUACACACCAGAGGAGUCACACAGGAGAGAAACCAUAUAAAUGCUCUGAAUGCAGCAAAUGUUUUACCCAAAAGUCACUUCUUGUUAUACAUCAGAGGAGUCACACAGGAGAGAAGCCAUUUAAAUGCCCUGAAUGCAGCAAAUGUUUUACCCAAAAGUCACUUCUUGUUAUACAUCAGAGGAGUCACACAGGAGAGAAACCAUAUAAAUGCUCUGAAUGCAGCAAAUGUUUUACCCAAAAGUCACUUCUUGUUAUACAUCAGAGGAGUCACACAGGAGAGAAACCAUAUAAAUGCUCUGAAUGCAGCAAAUGUUUUACCCAAAAGUCAGUUCUUGUUAUACAUCAGAGGAGUCACACAGGAGAGAAACAAUUUUAA